AUGAUCUUUUCAACAGCUGUUGCCAGGCCAUUACAGCUGGUCACCCGAGUCCUACAAUGGUCUAGUGCCGUGAUUGUCAUGGGCUUAACCUCAUUCUUCAUCCAGCAAGGUCCUCGCGGCCAGCACAUCAUCUACCAGGAGGUCAUUGCGGUCCUCUCGGUGGUUUUCUUCCUGCCCGCCUUCAUCUCGCCCUUCCUUCCGACUGCCCUGAGCAAAUUUGUCCUUCUCAUCGACGUCAUCUUUUCCUAUCUCUGGUUGACGGCCUUCAUUUUCGCGGCCCAAGACUAUAACCAAAAUUCGUGCUACUUCAAUGCCCCGCCCGGUGUAACCUGUGGACGAAAGAAGGCCAACGAGUCAUUCAUUUUCCUUGCUUUCAUCUUCACGUUCUUCGGCAUGUUCCUUGAAGUCGCCUCCCUCUGGGCUUAUCGUAAGGAAAACAACACCGCUGCCGCCCCUGUGCAUGAGAAAAAUGAGCCCGGUGCGCGGCCGCCUCUGGAUGCACCAGUGGAGCCAGCUGCUCCAGCGGGAACUGUCUAA